AUGACGGUUUCGCCGCCGGCGUCACCUACGGGCGCACCCCAGCGACCCAUCAGCGCCAUUAUGCGAACCCCACGAAGUAACAGUCGCCUGAGCAUGAGCAGUAAACAUGGUGGAGGAAGUCGAGCUUCGGAUGAGGAUGCCAAAACUGCAGUCAAAGUCGCGGUCCGUGUCAGACCACCUUUAAAACCCACCGAUCCAGGAUACGAAUUGAUUCCGCAACGCUUCCAACGUUCUAUGGUCCACGUCACGGCACCGACCAGUCUCGCAGUCGAUGUGCCACAAGGCCGCAAGCUGUUUGUCUUUGAUCGGGUUUUCCCUGAAACUGUGGAUCAAGAAGGCGUCUGGGAUUACCUCAAUGACAGUGUCAACUCCUUCCUGCAGGGCUACAAUGUCUCCAUUCUGGCCUAUGGCCAGUCCGGCGCGGGCAAAUCAUACACUAUGGGAACUUCGGGGCCCAACGAACAGAAUGAUAACAGCAACAUGGGAAUCAUCCCACGCGCCGCACAGCUUCUGUUCGAACAACUUGAUGGUCCCGCGAAACAUAACCGCAAUGGCUCGACCGGCCUUCGGACUCCAGCGCGAUAUUCUAUGAGCUCGACCUCUAGUCUGAACAGAGGAAGCAUCGAUAAGAGCUGGCAGAUGAAGGCUACCUAUGUCGAGAUUUACAACGAACAAUUGCGAGAUCUCCUACUACCGGAUUCGACACCCCUCGGCGAUCGCAGCACAGUCACAAUCCGCGAGGAUGCAAAAGGCCGCAUCAUCCUCACUGGCCUGCACCAGGUCAACAUUAACUCCUUCGAGGACUUGAUCGGUGCUUUGAAUUUUGGUUCCUCGAUUCGACAGACCGAUUCCACCGCCAUUAACGCCAAAUCCUCUCGAUCGCAUGCAGUAUUCAGUCUGAACCUCGUUCAACACAAACCAGCCAACGCGACCCCUCUUAAGGACAAGCGGAUGUCCAUGCCUGCUGAGAUUGGUUCGGAUCAGUCCAUGACUGUCGACAGCAAGCUCCACUUCGUCGAUUUAGCUGGAAGUGAAAGGCUUAAGAAUACCGGAGCAUCGGGAGAACGCGCACGGGAGGGUAUUUCCAUCAACGCUGGCCUGGCUGCCUUGGGCAAGGUCAUCUCCCAGCUUUCUUCUCGCCAAGCAGGCUCGCACGUCUCUUACCGCGAUUCCAAACUCACCCGACUCCUCCAGGAUUCGCUCGGAGGAAAUGCUUACACAUACAUGAUCGCCUGUGUUACCCCGGCCGAAUUUCAUCUGAGCGAGACUUUGAAUACGGUCCAAUACGCGCAGCGAGCCCGGGCAAUCCAGAGCAAGCCUCGCAUUCAGCAAGUGGCCGACGAGAGCGACAAACAUGCGGUAAUCGACCGACUCAAGGCUGAGGUGGCUUUCCUGAGACAGCAGCUUCGGAAUGCUGAAGACAGUGACCGUCGAAAUGCCGUACCACAAGAGCGAGCCGAGCGUCAGAACGAAAGGGAAAAUGAACUCCAAAACCAGCUUCUUGACUUCCAAGAAAGCUACAAUGCCCUCAGCCAACGUCACGCAAAGCUCGUUUCAGAACUUGCCAGGGAUUCCGAACAACCAAAUGGCAGUGCUGAUGAUGCUGCCUCCACAGUUGGCAAGAGCUCUGUUGAAAGACUCAAGCGGUCGCAUUCCUUUGCCGAGUCCGUCGAACAGGUAGUACUCGAAUACGAGAAGACUAUCCAGAGUCUCGAGUCUUCCCUUUCGAACACCCGGUCAUCCUUGUCUGUGACUGAAAGCACCCUCCUGGAACGUGAAACCAAGUGCGCCUACGUCGAGACUGUCAAUGCGCAGAUGCAGUCACGUAUUCAGAAACUGUUAGAUCGAGAAGCUAGUACAGAGUCAUAUCUUCAUGAUCUGGAAUCUAGGAUCGACGGGCAAUCCUCUGGCGAAGAGAAACAUGCCGCUAUUAUUUCCGAGCUACGCAAGGAGCUCAACCGCGCCCGCGAGAGUGAAGCUGGCUGUGAAGACUACAUUUCGACAUUGGAAGAGCGUCUCGCCGAGGCCGAUCAAGAUAUGGAGCUCAUGCAGCGAGAAGUGAACCGCUUGGAGCAUGUCGUUGAGCGCCAAAGAAGCCUUGGCAAGUUGGACAACCUUCUCUAUGAUCUUGACCAAGUCCAGCAGAAUGGAACCAAGCAGAGCGACAAGCAUGAUGAAUUCGAACAGCCCGUACCAAUUCAGAGUGCUUCCAACCAUCGAAAGAGAGCCAUGUCUCUUGGUGUCUUGACCGAGGCUGUCGAGACUGCGAUUCCCGAAUCUGACGAAGACCUCGCCGAAGCGGCUCCAGUCGAGGGCGAAACACUUGAAUCAGAACUGGAUCACCAGGCAGGCUCCGACCUGGAAGUUCUGGAGAAGGUCACUAGCCAGCUUUCGCCCCAGCGUACUGAGUUCAGCCCCGAAAAUUCCGCUCAGUCUAAAUUCGUUGCGGAUAAGCUCGACACUGUAUCCCAGGAACUCUUCGAUUUGCGGAUGCAGCACGAGGCUACCGUGAACGAUUACGAGUCUCUCGGAGCCAAGUACGAAGAGGCUCUAAAGGCUUUAGCCGAGCUGCGACAGGACGCUGCGGAUGAAGCCCGCCACCCUGCCCCCGAAGUUGAACAACUUGCGUCGCCUGCCCCUACUUCUCGUCCUGUUUCUUUUUUAGGCGAUGCGAAGGGGGUCGACGCCAAGACUGGCGCACAACCCUCAUUCUCGCAAUCACUCUCUUCGGAAUUAUCCUUGGCCGGGGAGUCUGCUACUUCGCCCGUAGUUUCUAAUGGCAUUUCCGAACCAAAGGUGCCCGAGGGUGAAGAAGCUGGAACUCAAGAAAUCGAAAACAUGCGCAAGCUUCUUACAGAGCACCAGGAAGGUGUUGCCAUCAUGACCCAGAGAUACGCCGAGUUGCAAUCCGAGCACGAAGAUACUCUUGGACUGAUAGAAUCUCUCAAAGCAGAGCUCCAGACUUCCAAGUCCAGCCCGUCGCCUACUACCCCCAACUUCAAAUCUCAGGUCAUCCGAAGGAAGACUAGCCAAAGCCUGAUGUCCAGCGUGGAUCGUGCCCAUCGCUCAAUCGCUGCUAUCAGGAAUAUCGCAGUCGAGCAAUUUGCAGAGAGCCCUGACACGAUGCAGAACCUUGAAGUCCACCUCGAUUCCGCCAUGCAUGAGCUUCACAGUCGUAUGGAACGCAUCCAGUCAUUGGAGGCCGAGAACCAGAGCGUCAAGAAGGAGAUGGAGAUGAAAUCAACCAUCAUUUCCGGCCUCACAAGGGAAAGAUCCAGUUUGCAAGGAGGAGCACCGUCAGUGGACAUCGGCCUUGUGUCUCAAUUACGUGACCAGGUUGUUCAACAAGAAAAUAUGAUGAAUGACUUGAAGGAGUCGCACGAUGCUAGAGAGCAGGUGCUGCUUUCUGAAAUCGAGUCUCUGACUGGCCUUCUCAAGACCCAAGAGGCAGCUGCGCAGGCAAAUGACGUGAGCUCCGAUGAGCAGGAGAAGAGGAUUGGGGCUCUCGAGGGCGAACUGAGCGAGUGGAAGGGCAAGCACCAGACUGCCAUUGAUUCUCUGCAGUCCUCUGAGGAUCAACUUAACUCGACCCUCGCCGAGCUGGAUGGUGCCUUGGCUUCUGUAGAUGCCACACGCUAUAAGCUCACUCCUUCGGGUCAGACCUACGGCGACAGAGAGGCUGCUUCAAGAAAGCUUGAAGCCGACCUCGUCAAGCAACAUGAGCUUGUCGAGAAUCUGAUGCAAAACAUCGAGGAGCACAAAGCGACAAUUGCAUCUCAGCUCGAGAAAAUCAGCUCUCUCGAACAAUCGCACAUUGCAGCUCAAGAACAAGUCUCGACAGAGGCUGGCAAUGCCAGUGAGUCUGUUUCGGGGCUUGAAAAAGAAAUUGAAUCCCACAAGUCUCUUGUUGAGUCUCACAAGAAGGACCUGGAGUCCCUGCAAGAGUCUCACAAGCGAGAGCUUGUCGAACUGGAGUCGCGUACUGCAGCUGCAGCGCAGGCUGAGUACGAAGCACGACUCGCAGAGAGAAACGCUGAACAUGAUAAGGCCAUGGAGACUUUGAGAUCCGAAAUCGUGGAGUCACGAGAAGAGCUGGUGAAGUUGCUCAAGAUGGUUUCCGGACUCCUCAACUCGGAUGUCACUGCGGACAACCUCGCUGAACAGCUUCAGGAUAUCUUGACGCAGAAGCAACACUUCUCUGACAAGUAUGCCGAGAUGAUGGAUACGAAUGAAGACCUUCGCAAGAAACUGGAGCUCAGCGGUGGUGACAACAGCGCGUUGGAGGAGCUCAACCAGAAGAACACUGCCCAUGCCGAGAAGGUUAGUGAGCUUGCUCUCUUGGUUGCCACUAUGGAAGACACCGUGCGCUCCAAGGACGAUCAGAUCAAGAAGAAGGAAGCUCUGGUGGAGGAGAUCACCGCUGAGAAAGACAAGAGCUUGCGUUUGGUUGAGGAGCUUGAGGACCAAAUCACCAACAGCUUCGACCAGCACCACAACCGUCUUUCUGUCAUCCAGCAAGAGCGUGAUCAGGCCUUGGAAGAUGCCAAGGCUAAAAUUGCCACUUAUGAGGAUGAUAUCGAAACCUACCAUAUGCGCAUCGAGCAACUCGAGCUUCAAAUCAAGAACAGUGGAGGCCAAGAUUCUUCGCACGACCGCAGCAGCUCUCUCACAUCCAACCUACGCAAGAGCUCCUCUGCGACUUCUCUCCCCUCUCCACCUCCCGCUAUUCCCCUUCCACCACUCCCCAGCAUUGCUUCUGCAACCAACGGCAACUCUGGCAGUAUUUCUCCCCCAAGCUCUCGGCAUACUAGCAAGGAGCUGGUCAACGCCCAGAUUGUCGAGGAUCAGGAGGCUCGUAUUCGCACCAUAGAGAAGCAUCUCUAUGCCGAGAAGCAGCUCACUGCUACUCUGGAAGAAGCUCUCGGAGACCUUGAGGCGCAGAGCAACAAGGUCAAAUCCGACUGCGAGGCUUGGAAGAAGAAGGCCUGGCAAUUGGAAGACGAGCUCGGCACACUCCGCAAGGAACGCAACUCCCAGCGUCUCUCGCUUCAAGCUGUCGAGGAAGAACGAAGCGCCCGUCGCGAGGCCGAAGCUGCCAGAGCCCAACUGGAAGAGCGGAUGAAUGCGCUCAACAAGAAAAAGAAGAAGAGCACACUCAACUGUUUCUAA